AAUUGAAUGUUUCUUGAUCUCAGAGUUAGUCCAUGAAGAAAAAGUCAUUGCCAAUAGCCUAUAUGAACUACAAAAAAAAAGAAUUAGAGUUUCAUAGCAAUUCAUCAUAAUGAAUACUUCAUCAGAAAAUGGAUGUAGCUUAUGGAAUGAAAUCAUUGAAUCAACCAGAGCAAUAUUCAGAUCUCAUGUUCGCCAUUUUCAUGCUAUUUCAAUCCUAUUCCUCUUCCCUAUCAUUCUCUCUCUAAUUCUCUAUCCUUCUUUCGAACUUGCCAUAUUUCACCCCGAUUAUCAUUUCACUAGCUAUGCUCAACUUCAAUUUCCUCAACUUUUCGCAAUUUCAAGUUUCGAAACUAUUCUACUUGUACUGUAUGCUCUGUUUUUGACAUUCUUUUUCAUCUGUGGAGUAGGCACUACUGCAUAUAGCGCGGUUCAAGUGAUCUAUGAUAGACCGAUCAAGGUCUUUUCGUCUAUUAAAUCUAUGAGAAAUUCCUUCUUCCCUCUUCUCUCCACUUUCAUUGUUUCGCAAACCAUUUUCAUUUCAAUCACUCUUCUUUUCGCCCUGAUUUUGGUGUUUGUAGUGCGAAUUCUUCAAUCUCUUGAACUAAUUGAGCUCGGAUCAAACUCGGAUCACUUGUUAUUUUUGGUUAUUUUCUGGUUGGUCGUGAUUGUACCGAUUCUGAUUUGGCUACAAGUGAACUGGUGUUUAGCUUAUGUGAUAACAGUGAUUGAAUCGAAGAAAGGUUACGAGACACUAAGGAGAAGUGCGAAGUUAGUAAAGGGGGAGAGAUGGGUAGCUUUAAAGAUACUUAUGUAUUACGGGACUGUGAUUGUAUGGAUGGUGGUUUGGUGUGCCAUGAUUUUAGCCAGAGGCGAAACGUGGAGGAUACUGCUCACUGCGUGUACUUCGGUGAUGGGAUAUAUACUGAUGAAUCAGUAUCUUGUGGCGAACGUGGUGUUGUAUAUGCACUGCAAGGAAUUAAACGAUGAGAAAUUGAUGCCGGAAACUGCUGCUGGAGAAUACGUUUCCCUGCCUGUUGAAGAAGAGGAGAAGAAUCAUGAUGUUGUGUAGUUAUUUGGUUUGUUUUUAUAUUAGAAAGAUUAAAGGUAUGGUACUUUGAUAUAGUAAUUGAAUAGAUGUAUGAGUCAAAUAGUUAUAUAUAUAUGUUGUGACUUGUGAAUUGAAAAACUCA